AUGAAAUCCGCCACUACUUCCUCCGACACCGAGUUGUUGCUUCACGACGAGAACAGAUUCGUCUUCUUGCACGACUCGUCCGCGCCUUUAUCUCUUCCUGCGCUGGUGAUCUCCGCCGCCGCCGCCGCUGCUCCGAAAUCGGUUGAAAAAGACGAUCAAGAAGAAGGAGUGGUGGGUGGUGGCGUGAUCAUCGCUGCUACGGGGAUCUGGGUCGGGCUGUUGUGGAGAGGCAGGUUUAUGAUCUCUGACGAGGAAGCAGAGGAUGAGGAAAGUGGGGAAGAAGAGGGUUGCCAGAACAAGAUCAGCAACGCCAAGUGCAAUCUCUACAGCUACGUCAAUAGAGGGUGCGCUUAUGGGAAGCACAAAGCUUGA